AUGGGCUUCCGACCCCUCGCUCUCCAUAUGAUCCCGUGGUGCUUCCACGUGGCCGGCUGCGACGGCGCUACCGACACUGCCAUCGAUCCUCCGUCGUCCAAGAGAUCCGUCCGCCUCCUGGGCGCUGACGGCCGGAUCCGUCUCUACCACCUCCCAAUUGCUGCCGGCGAUCUCAUGGCCGCCCACCCCCUCCACCUCCUCUGCCGCUCCGAUGCCCUCGUCAUCGGCCAGCCUGUCCCCUGCCUCGCCCCCGCCGAGUUCCUCCUCCCCGGACGCACCUACUUCCUCCUCCCCUCUCAUUUAUUCCGCCCCGCCGCCGCCCUGUCCUUCGCCUCCCUCGCCGCCUGCCUCAGCGACUACCUCAAGCGAUCCGGCGGGUGCUCGGCGUUGCGUCCGAUCGAGAUCCUGAAGACGUCCUCCGGCAAGCUCCAGGUCCGCGUGCCCGACGAGUGCCUGGAGCGGCUGGCGGCGGAGGCGGCCGCAGAGGAGAAGAGAGGGCGGAGGGUGUGCACGACGGAGGAGCUGGCCAAGGACUACAGGCAAUUGGUGAGGUGCCGGUCGUGGAAGCCGAAGCUGGAGAUGAUCGACGAGUCGGAGAGGAGGGGCGGCCGCGGCGGCGCGGUGUUUGGAGGGAUCGGGCGGAGGAAGAGGAUCGCCCAAGACUGA